AUGUCUUCUUCCGCCGAAGUCUUCAGCAAUCGCACCCCCGAUGAAAAUACUUUACCCCGUUCCGCCAGUUAUAACCACCUUCCCGAUCUUGUGAAAACCGAACCUAGCUCCCCCGGCCUCCGAAGGACGUUCUCCGAUACUACAUUUCCUACCGAGUCCAAGUCGCCGUCCAAGGAAGAUGUAGCUGCAGGGAAGGAUAUUUUGCGACGGACGUCAAUUCGUUCCAAAAACAAGCCGACGGUUUCCGUCUCCCGCUUUACUGUCUCGAGUGAAGAACUGGACAAUGCAGCCAAGGCAGAAUCCAAAGAUGCCACCGUGAAAAUUCCGGAAACGAAGGCUCCGGAGCCAGUGGCCCGUCCUUCAAAGACCCGCGCAAUGUCGGGUAGAUUGGUCAAUCUGGCCCGGAAACCUUGGAUCUCCAGCUCACCUACUCAACCUCCUUCCCCGUCUGCAAAGAGUGCAAGAUUACGAAUGUUGCGCGCAGAUGACCAAUCCCAAUCGGGCCCGCCGUCCCCAUCGCCGUCUAAGACGUCUUUUCAAUCCGACUCAGGCGGAGAUUCAGAUGGCAUGCCACCUUCCCGCAAGCGAACUAUUCUUAACAAGCGCCCUCGGCGCCCAAUGGUUGCUGUCGUGGCCCAAGGCCGGUCAGAUAGCCCUAGUACGCCUAGUAGUCCUUCAAGCUAUUCCUUGAAGACAAAGCAUUCAUUCGAGCGGUUUACCUCGUCACUUAAUGUAUCUACACCUGUUCUUCCACCAAUGCCCAGAGGUGCAGCUGCUACAGCGGCAGCGCAUUCGGGCCACGUGGAACCACCUCGGAGGAAGGAUGAGCUAUGGGCAGUGUUUCGGGGACUCGAGGCCGACUAUCAAAAGUUUCAAUCCAAAUCGAGCGCCUUGAAGGCCAACGUGAUUCGUUCUUCGCUUCUGCCUUUUCUCAAUCGUCACCAGCUGCAUCCGUCACACAAAUCUUUGAAACCCGAAGAUUUGGAUCGUCGCAUCAAUAUCCUCAACAAAUGGUGGACUGGAUUGCUAGAGAUGCUCAACGGGAGGAACAACCAAUCAAUAUCUGGCACCGAUAGACCGGUAUACCUCGAAGCCAUUGCCGGUAUCAUGAUGCGCCCCGAGUGGAGAAUCCCAUACCCAGCAUGGCAGCCGAAUGGGAGCAUUCCGAAACCCUUGCAUCACGCUUCCACUUCGAUUUCAGAGAGUUCCGAUGGCUCCUCGGGGUCAGACUUUCUCAUCGAGUCGAUACACCACAAUAUUCGGAACGUUUUCACCCAGAACCUAUUGUCUCAAAUGGCAUUCGUUGUAGAACGGAUGUCCAUGAGACAUGCUCCGGCCAGUUUGGUAGCAUUUUGUGGAAAGGCCUGCGCGUAUGCAUUCUUUUUCUGCCAGGGCGUGGCUGAUAUUCUUGUCCGGCUGUGGAACACACCAGCCAACAUCUACCGACGGGUUCUUGCCGAGUCGGAUGUAGACAGAAGUAGCAACGCGCGAUCGUUAGCCCAGGAUCUGGCCUUGAACUUCCCAAUGGCUUUGCGACCCUUAUCAUUUCACUCCCAUGCUCCCCUGGUUCGCUAUCUUCGUCAAAAGCCCGACGUGCCUCUGAACACCUCUCAAAUAUCAUGGCAAGGUCCCUGGGUCUCCCGUUGGUGUGGCCGCGACACAGAUCUCUUUUUUGUCUUUGUCAAAUAUGUCCAUGUCCUGUAUGCGGACUCUCUGCCUCGGGGAACAGAGAAAGGGAAACGUAUUCUGGCACCGGGCUUGUUGCCCAUCCAUUCGCAGCUUCUUGUAGUCCUGGAGGACACCCUUUACAAGCAGUCAAUCCCACAGAUGCCCGAAAGCACCCAUACGCCUGCCGCGGUUACCUUUGACGACUUCAUUGAGGGUGCGGAUGCCGUCUCCGCUCUUCCGUUAGGAGCUGCCAAUAGCCACCGGUCCAUGGCCGAGAAUCGUCUGAUUAUUCUCCUUCGAGAUUUUCUCUCCGAAUCUUCCGUCGAACCAAACCAUGCGCGCCUCUUGUAUGCAGAGUCUUUCUGUUCCAUUAUGAAGACCGCUGCUCAAAGGACAUCAUUAUUCGAUCAUAAUGCAUGUUUCUUACUCUGUGAUUUUAUUGAGGAAGUCAUCCCCAUUAUCACUCGCUAUUCGCAGGCCAAUGAAAUGGAGCUCUUCGAUUGGAAGUUUUGGCUGGAAGCCUGUCGCCAGAUGAUGAAUAGUCAGAACUCCCUCACUGAAGUGCGGGUGUUUUCAUUUCUCUUUGGCAUCUGGAAUACAUGGGUCGCUUCUGAGGACAGGAAAGCUGACCUUUGUUUGGGAUUUUUGUUGCAUGAGCCCACGUUCUAUCACUACUUCAGCCAUUGGAGCCCGAUGGUUCGCGCCUAUUUCCAGCGCCUCUUAUGUUGGAGAGUGGGUAGGUUCAACAGCGAACCAUCCCCACUAGACUCUAAAAUAUACGAGACGCUCUUGAACAGGUUACAGCGACUCUGGACCUACUAUCUGGCUUUCCAGACCAAGGCCGAACAGGAGCUCACAGCUCCGCUCUCCUCUGCGCCUUGUACCCCCGCUCCAGGGCGCAGAAUUAUCAUUAUCAGAUGCGACAGCCCUCUUUCCCCGACGAAUCUCUUCGUAUCCUUUGAUCGCGUUGUCCCCCCUGCUCCACCAGAACAACCCACCACAUCCAAAAGCAGCAGCUCCGUGAAAUCGGACUCGUCAACUGAGUCACAACCACCUCCGAAAAAGAGAUGGAAUAUUUUGAGAGCCAUGUUCGGUGCUGCUUCCAGUUCCAAAUCUGGUGGAGGGGCCGCAUCCAGUAGCAGCUCAGAUGAGUCGGACACCAAUGGAUCGGAUGCCACAGUGAACACCGAAAAAUGCUUGGAUGGUCACGGGCAGCCUUCGAACGCCUCUGGUGAACUGUUGCGGCCCAAAACCCCACACCAGGCAUUCUCCUUCAGAUUUUCGUUAGAGUGGACGGACCGCCAGUGGCCUAGCAAGAAUAAGCGUCUUUUCACCCCCUGCCUUCCUGUGGGUGCGCAGUUGCAUGUGCAGCUCCGGAACUCUGCUAGCAAGACAGCUGGCCAAGAUACGACGUCGGAAUCUGAAACUGAUACCAUUCUCGAAGGUGAUGCUGGAAGUGACAAUGCUCCAGAAACAUCAUCUGUGGAUGAGCAAAAAGCACCAACCGCUGCUUCCAGACAAACUCACCGUUCAAUGCCUAGUCAAGAUCUGAGAAAGGCUUUAAGCGAUAAGGUUGCGGCCAGCAAAUACGCGGGGCGUUCUCUUGCUGAAUGGGCGCAGAUUGUAUCUGAGUGCGACAGCUUCUUUGCCAGAAGACGGGACGAGGGUGUCCCUUGCGAUCGAAUGGUCGAAACUCCGACGCUGGGCGUUGAAAGUUUCCGAAAGUAG